AUGUUAUUGACUUGCGUCGUCUGUUCGUUUUGUGAUGAAGACUUCGUCGCGCUCGGUCGCCAUUCGUGGCGUUGUAAACAGCGGAUUAACCAAGCAGAACGAGAUCCCCCUGACGCUACUACAAGACAAGUGCCUGUAAUGCAGUCCCCUAAUGUUCCUGUGUCAAGUCGCACGGUUGUUAAAUGUUGUUGUGGCAAGAUAUGCAAAGGGGCGCGCGGCCUUAAAAUGCAUCAGCGCAGUUGUCAAGUGAUACAUGGCCUUAACGACGAGCUUUGUGCAGAUCUUGAGGAGCAAAUAACUACGGAUAACAGCGAAAAUAUUUCAGAAAUUGAACACAACGGCAAUGAUAUUAAUACAGUUAAUUACGAUAAUUUUCCUGAACUGAAGAAAGGCAUAAAUCUCCCGAAAAAUGAUUCUGAAUGGUCAACGGCUAAUGAUUAUUUUAAAUGUGCACUCCAGCCAAGUGAUCCAAUCACAUUGCAAGAUCUAAAUUCAAAAAUCAAGCUUUUAAAUGACGCGAUAUACAGCUACUUUGCAAAUAAUUAUGGACAUACUGAAACUGUACCCGACAAAAAUAUGGGAGCUAAAUAUAAAGAGUAUACGGUUAAAGAGUUAAAGAAAGCUUUACAAAAUUUAAAAUCCAAAAAGGGUGAACUCAGUGAAAUUAAAUACGUAUCGCGUACAUUGCGUGACAGGCUCCGUAACAAUGGCAACGACGCCGAUGACUUAAAUGACAGUGAGUCGUUUAAUCACAACAAAUAUCUGGAACGAAGCUUUUGGGGCUAUGUUAAAAAUAUAAUCAAUAGAAAAGACGCAGUAUUACCAUCAUUUAACAUGACUGAUUGCCUUUCUUAUUUCUCUAAAUCUCUGGCUAAAAUUAAUCCUAACAAGCUAUUUGUAAUUCCCAGCUGGAUCCCAAAGUUAUCUGAUCCUGCAGUUCAAUUUAACCUUGACCCCCCGACCUAUCAACAAAUUACAAAUGUUAUACGCAAAAUGAAAUCGUCUGGUUCUCCUUGCCCUCUUGAUCAACUUUCUAUAAUAAGUUUCAAGCAUUGUCCUUAUCUGAGAACUUACUUUACUGAGCUAAUUCACGAUAUUUGGCUAUCUGGAACUGUCCCAACUGAGUGGAAAAGAGCAUGUACCAUACUAAUCCACAAGAAAGGCAACAAUAAUGACCCUUCAAAUUUCCGCCCCAUAACACUCGAAUCCAUACCUUUAAAAGUAUUUACAUCUUGUCUCCGAAACGCAGUAUACUCCUUCCUCGCAUCUAAUAACUUCGUCGAACACAACAUACAAAAAGGCUUCACCCCCAACCUAUCUGGCACUCUAGAACAUACUGCGCAAAUGGCUGACAUUAUUAAUAAAGCUCGGAUCAGACAACGCUCUGUUGUCAUCACCCUACUUGAUCUUAAGAAUGCCUUCGGCGAAAUCCAUCACAACCUCAUUCAAUCCGUACUUGACUACCACCAUAUCCCUGAUCAUAUAAAAUUUGUUAUAAAAAGUUUAUAUACUGAUUUCCAAACCUCGAUAAUUACCUCUGAAUUCCGCACUCCUUUUAUGACAGUUGGCCGUGGCGUAUUGCAAGGAGAUUGCCUCAGUCCUCUUCUUUUUAACAUGUGCUUCAAUACAUUCAUUCAGCAUAUCAAGGCUGAAAAGUAUCGUCAAUUUGGGUUUUCCUUCAAAUUACUAAAUCCCAUCCAUUGGUUCCAGUUUGCUGAUGACGCGGCUGUAAUUACUGGCCAAGAAUCCGAAAACCAACAUCUGUUAAAUCGAUUUUCUAUCUGGUGCCAAUGGUCCGAUAUGAUUAUCCGAGUUGACAAAUGCAGUACCUUUGGCAUUAAAAAAGCGAUCACAAAAUCAGUUCAGUACUUGCCAAAACUCCUCAUCAGCAAUCAACUAAUACCAAAAAUCACUAUUGGAGAAUCAUUUCAAUAUUUAGGACGUUACUUUGAUUUCCACAUGUCGAAUGAUAAUCACAAAACUGAACUAACCACCCUACUUAAUGAACUAAUGUCUGAUAUUGACUCAAAGCCACUACACCCCAAAAAUAAACUGCUCCUCUACAGUCGCUACGUCUUGUCCAAGUUAGCCUGGCACUUCACCGUCGCAACACUCUCUAAAACAUGGGUUACUGAAAAUAUCGACUCUAUUGCCAACAAAUAUAUCCGCAGAUGGCUUGAAGUACCAAUAUCAGGAACACUAAGUACUGUCUUUCUAACAAAUAAUAAAUUUGGCCUGAGUAUUUAUCCUCCAUCUGUAAAAUUUAUCCAGUGUCAAACAGUCCUCCGAAAAGCUUUAAAAUCUUCUCCUAAUGAAUCAACUAACGACCUGUGGAGAGCAACCAGUAACCAUACUAAUAUCCAAUAUGACGCUUAUAACUCUACUAAGGAAGUUCUCAAAGAUUUCCGUUCUGGACACGAAAACAAACUCCUAAACCAAUUAACCAGUCAAGGAUCCUUUUUCUGCAGCGUCACGAAGUUCGCUUUACCUCAGCUUAGCAAGGUGUGGUCCGUCGCCCAAUCAAAGCUCCCGAAAAACAUUUACAACUUUACCAUUCGUUACAUUAACAACUCUCUUCCGACGCGUAAAAACCUAAACAGAUGGGCAAUAUCUUCAAAUUCAGACUGUUCUUUUUGUCUUAGCCCUGAAACAUUACUACACAUAGUAGCUGGAUGUCAGUUUUAUCUCGACCGAUUUACGUGGAGACACAAUUCAGUCCUGAACUUUCUUGCUCAUCAGUUACAAACUGUUGACGGUUCUACUCUCUACGCCGACCUAAAUGGAUUCAAAAGCCCUUCAAUACUUACUGGUGAUACGUAUCGCCCAGAUUUGUUAUUAUCGUGCUCAAAUGGUUCCUUAUAUGUGGUUGAACUCACCACUGGUUAUGAGACAAACCUCAAAAACAACGUAAAACGGAAGAAGGAUAAAUAUAGAGAAUUAUUGAGACAGCUAGGUAAAAAUUUUAACCAAGUUAAAUUUAUAAACCUCUCCAUCAGCUCUUUAGGUAUUUUUGCAGAAGAAUGUUAUACAUUUUUAGACAUGUUAGAUAGUAUUGGUCUUGACAAAAACCACCAAAUGUACUGCGUUAGGAAAAUGAUGACUAUUGCUAUUAGAACUACAUAUUACAUUUUUUGUUGCCGAAAUAAGGAAUGGGAAAAUCCGGAUUUACUAACAAUUUGA